AUGGCUUCCACAACGGUACAGGCCAACUACGGUUACUGCGACACCUUCUUCGUCGAGAGCUACGAAGACACAGAUGGCAUUUUUGCCAGAGCGGCUGCUGAGCGUGAGAGAGCGCGUGCAAUUGCGAAGGUCCAACAAAGGCACAUGGCUGCCGACCUCUCCCGUCUGACGAGUGAGGUGUACCUGAACGAUGUGCUCGACCACAUGGAGGUCAUGGAGACGAUGCCGGACAUCAAUUCCAUCGAAAUCCAGACCGAGAUCCAAUGGUUCAUGCGUCCCUACCUCCUAGACUUCCUCCUCGAAGCUCACCACGCCUUCCAACUGCUCCCCGAGACUCUGUUCCUCGCCGUCAACCUUCUUGACAGAUACUGCUCGAAGCGUGUCGUCUACAAGCGUCAUUACCAGCUGGUCGGAUGUGCCUCGUUACUCAUUGCCGCCAAGUACGGUGAUCGUAAGGAGCGCGUGCCCACCAUCAAGGAGCUCAAGUCCAUGUGCUGCUCGCUCUACGACGACGACAUGUUCACACAGAUGGAGUGGCACGUCUUGCAAACCUUGAACUGGAUCAUCGGUCACCCGACCGUGACUGGCUUCCUCGAUAUCGCUCUCUCCGAAACAGCAGCAGAUGCCGAGGUGCAAAACAUGGCUACAUACAUCUCCGAAAUGGCUCUUUAUCACAAGGACUUCAUCCCCGUGCUGCCUUCGGUCAUGGCCAAGUCGUCGCUUGCUCUUUCACGUUACGUCCUUGGUCGUCCUCAGGUACACCACCCAGAGUGGGCUGCCAGAUAUGACUCCAACGUCGUCAUGGACCUGUCAAACCAGCUCUCGCGUCCUUCGCAGGCUCUCUUCCGCAAGUACUCAUCCGCUCACCUCUCCAACGUGGCUACCACCCUGGAGCAGUUCUUGCAACGCCAAAACCUCAUGCAACAACAGCAGCAGCAGACCGUGUCGCAACAACCGUACCCUUCGCCGGCACAGUCUACCUUGGAUGUUCAGCAAGUACCAGGAGCCAUGAUGACCCCUCAAACUCCUCAGAAGCCUGUCUACGCUGCAGUCCCCAUCGGUGUUCUCACACCUCCCGAGACUCCCGAGAAGGACUUCUACGACAACUCAAGCUACAACGUGAACCAAAACUUGAUGCACCGCCUUCAUGCAUGCUCAAGCGUGACUUCUGCCCCGAGCCAUCCGUCGUACCAGUACAGCUCGUACCCGACAUCAUACCCGUCACAAUGA